AUGGCCAAGGGCGCGACCAAGGCGGGCGCGAUCCUCGUCAAGCUCGUCAGCGCCGCGCGCACGGGAUUCUUCUACGUCAAGCGCAAGAACCCGAAGAAGACGCCGAGGAAGCUCGAGUUCGUCAAGUACGACCCCAGGGUUCGACGGCACGUGCUGUUCACGGAGACGAAGAUUAACAAGUGA